AUGGAUAUGGAAGAUAGACGAGAAACUGCCAUGGAAAAAAAUGAACCCUCCGAUGCUACCACCAGGAAGAGAACAAAGCAAGCAAUUUCUGUUCCAUUUAUUUGGGAAGAAAUUCCAGGCACACCAAAGAGGGAUUGGAAACCUACUGCUCCUGUUAAGAAGCCUGUCGCACCACCAGUCAAGUACAUUGCUUCAGUACCCUUUCAAUGGGAAGAAAAGCCCGGAAAACCGCUUCCCUGCUUCUCGCAGCAGCCAUCAGGUUCACCACUUGCGCUACCACUACCAAACAUUAGCAGCUUCCCUCUAUCUCCCAGACAUUUUCUGGGCAGUGAAAAUUGUUGGACUGGCAUGAAUGACCAAGAUGGUGAUCAGAUCGAAAUGCUCGAGUCGUAUCCAGCAUCAUGUGAAUCUGAAGCAGAUGAUUCUUUCUGUUCAGCGCCUUCUCUCUUGGCCAACCGCCUUGUACCGACGGUUGCUAUUUCGAAUGCUGUUCCUGUUCAACAAACCUCCUUUGCAGGUCUUAGCAGUGGGCAGCUUCAGAGACCUGCUUCACCAGCCUCUGAAACAGGAAGCAGUACCAGCAGCUAUGAAACUGGAAAUACAAACCUAGUAGGCGCUUCUUUUCUGGAAUGGCUCUUCCCCUUGUUAACCCCUCAAUCUAAUAUCCUGGAAAAGGUUGGCAGCUCAGAAAAGGAAAUUUCUCCUACCCAAACAACGAGGCAAAAAGAGGAUAUUGACUGUGAAAGGAACUACAGUGCUGCAUUGAGAAAACCACACACACUGGGAGAGCUAAUAAUGAUGAGUAGAAGAAGAAGUUACCAGAGGAAAGCCUUUCAAUUGCAGACACAGAAUCUCUCGAAGAUUUCACAGGAGAUGGACAAGGCAGCUACAACUAAAACUGUUGUAAAAGACGAGUCCAAUAGACCUCUGAACAGUUGCAUUAAUCAGCAACUUCAAAUCCUUCUAUUAGAUAAGCAUAUUAAAACUCCAAAUUUAGCUGUAUGA